AUGGAACACUUAACUUCUGAUACAGUUUAAAGAUUAUGUGAAAAUCCUGAAUGCAGAAAGCCAGCAACUCUAUAAUGUCCAACAUGCGUUAAAUUAAGCUUGGACCCAAGCUUUUUCUGUGAUCAAAUUUGCUUCAAAGGUUUUUGGAAUUUCCACAAGUUACUACAUGUAAAGAAGGAAGUAGUAAAUAAUGAUGGAUAUAAAUAUUCAGGACCUCUCCGACCAUUCCCGUACAGUUUUAAAGGGCAUAGAUAUAUACCAGAUCAUAUUAAAAAGCCUGAAUAUGCAAAGUCAGGCAUUCCCAAAUAGGUUUCUGAUAAAUAUGUACCUGUCGUAUUAGAUGAAGAGCUUGAGUUGCUGAAAGAUGUUUGCAAGAUUGGUAGAGCUGCUCAAGAUCUUGGGCAUUAAGCUGUUGCUGUAGGAGUGACAACUGAGGAAAUUGAUAGAAUCGUGCAUGAGUUCAUUAUUGAUAAUGAUGCCUAUCCAUCACCUUUAAACUUCAAUGGUUUCCCAAGAAGUUGCUGCACUUCAAUUAAUGAGACUAUUUGUCAUGGUAUUCCAGAUACUAGACCACUUUAAGAUGGUGACAUAUUAAAUCUUGAUAUCAGUGUUUUUAAAAACGAUUUCCAUGCUGAUUUAAAUGAGACUUAUCUAGUUGGAAAUUUUAGUGAGUCAUCUAGGAAGCUUGUUGAAGUUACUUAUGAUUCAUUGAUGAAGGCCAUAGAUUAUUGUAAACCAGGAAGCAUGUACAGGGAAUGUGGAAAUAUAAUCAGCAAUUAUACUGAACCUUUGGGUUAUUCGGUUGUUAGAUCAUUUUGUGGUCAUGGUGUUGGAUCUACAUUGCAUUAAGCACCAUAAAUUCCUCAUUAUGCUAAGAAUAAAGCUGUUGGAUUCAUGAAAAAAGGGCAUGUUUUUACAAUUGAGCCUAUGAUUAAUUAAGGUGUUUGGAAAGAUUAAACAUGGAAAGAUGGUUGGACUGUAACCACAGUUGAUGGCUAAAGAUCUGCUUAAUUCGAACAUACGAUGGUGAUUACAGAUGAUGGAGUCGAAGUGCUAACUGCAAGAAAAGAAAAUUCUCCACCCUUAGAAUUCCAAAUUAAAAAGAACUGA